AUGAAUAAAUUUAAUAAAUUAAAUUUAAAUUCAACAUUAAUUAAAUCAAUUGUAAAUUGUAAUAGAAGUAAUCAAAGAUUAUUUUUAAAUACAAAUAAAUCAAUUUUAAAGAAUCAAUCAUCAUCAUUAUCAUCAUUUAAAGAAAUUAAAGAUUUUAAUAAAACUUUUUUUAGAUCAUUUUCAACAAUAUUAAAUGAUAAUAAUAAUAAUAAUAAAAAAGAUAUUGAUGUUGAAAAAAAAGUAGAAAAAUUAGAAAAAGUAGAAAAAGAAGAAAAAGAAGAAAUUUAUACAGACCCAUUUGAAAAUGAAAAACCAAAAAAAAAGAAACCAUUUGGUUUAGAUUUAGAAAAAUAUAAAACUAAUGAAACUAUUGAAGAUCAAAAUCCAGAUUACUUAAUUUACCAAUCAAAUAAAGAAAAUCUAUUUAAUGCUGGUAAAUUAUUUUUAACUGCUCAAUCAUUACUUGGUAUUUCCUCACCAAUCAUUGCUUAUAUUAAUCAUUUAGAUAUGAAAACUGUUUUAUUUUUAUCAGUAUUUUCAUUUUGGGCAUUAUCAUUCCAAUUAAUUGGUCAAAAGAUGAUAAGUGUUUUUGGUAUUAGAAUUUAUAGAGAACCAAAUUCGAAAUUUAUAAAAUUAUGUCAUAUUAAUCCAGGGAUGCAAGUUUUAAAAAUCCCAAUUUCAGAUAUUCAGUCAUCGAAAUUCUCUGAAAACGGAUCACCUUAUAUUCUAUUAGAGAAUGGUUCAUUAUUCUUUUUUGAAAAAUCUGGUGAAUUAUUAAAUGCUGAUGAAUUCUCUUACAUACUUUCUGGUGAAGAAUAUUCAAAGAAAAUGAAAAAAUUAGAACAAGAUGAAUAUAAAAAAUAUUUUGAAAAUGAGUCAACUACAAAUGAAGAUUUAGAAAAUACAAAACAUUUAUUAGAUUUAGAAAUUGAAUCAAUUGAUAAAAAAUUACAAGAAGUAAAAUCACAAAUUGAAAAAGAAGAAGCUGAAAAAGAAAAAGAAGCUGAAAAAGAAAAAGAAAAAGAAAACAAAUAA